AUGGAGACGACACCAAUGCCGACCGAAGGAGGCGGCGGCAUGCCUGCUGCCCUUGACAUCACGCCACGACCGUGUCCGUUUGACUUUGUCCUUGGCGACCGAACGAAACGAAGUCUGCAUCUGCACAACCCUUCCUUUCAUGUCCCCUUGCACUUCAAGAUACAAUGCAACGUGUCGUCGCGCUUUCGACUACAGCCAUCAAAAGGCAUGCUGCAGCCCCGAGGCACCAUUACGGUGUACAUUCAGCUGUCUCCGCAGAUGUCGACGGAAGCCGAUUGUGUCUUCCUCGUGCUCUCGGUUCCUUCUCCAGACAACUCUGUCGACGACGAUGUAUGGAAGCGGGGAACAUCAGUUAUGAUCUCCAAGCAAUACAUUUCCAGUCGUAUCGUCAACGUUUCUGCCCCAGACAAAGCUGACGAAGUCCGUCCAUCGCCACCGCCCCCGUCCGAGCCGCCCCUUGUGUUGGCACCGCCUUCGCUCAUCAUGACACUGCUCAUGAAAAACAAAAGCAAACACCCCACGAACCAACUUACGGCCUCUGAAAUCGCGUGCCUUCGCCACCGCAAACUGCACACGCCAUCAGACGAGUGGAGCAACUUGAUGUCGCAAGCCGCCACGAAACGCAAACUGCUUCAGAAACAACGCCAGUUCCUGGCCACGGCACAGCUUCCACCGCCCGUUCGUCCAUUCCCGUUCAACUAUGACACGCCCGUGGAAGUGCUGUCGCCGCCAGACUCGCCUUGUCGUCGCUCCGACACUAGCGCCACGUCCUUCCCGUCAAACAUGCGGCGGCUAUCCCAUCAAGUCCCCAUUGGGUUGGGAGAGCGAUCAGGGAGCACUACAUGCAGCAGCUCCUCCACGUGCGACUCGACAACAGGUUCUCGGACCCUGUAUGAGGACGUGAAAGGAGAUGGAAGCGGUCCCAACAAGGACACAGACGAUGAACAACAACGGCAGGCAUAUAGCAUGUGGACUCGGUAUAUGCUGGAUGUGUGCGUGCAGCAGCUGGAGCAGGUUGAUGAGGUAUGUGGCGACUUGGUGCGCGACACAUCGCAGUCGGAAAAAGCACAAGCCAAACUGCUGGCUCUCAAGAAGUCGGCCCACACACUCGUCAAGUUGUGCCACACAAGUCCAUUCCUACUUGACGGCCAUGCACAAGGUAGUAGUUGCACGAGCAGUCCCCUCUCAUCCAGGCGGUCACAGUUUCCUUCGAGGUAGUGCCAGGAGUAGUUGUAAGAGUUUAAGUUAGCAGAUACUUCACAUCGAGG